AUGUCCACAAUAAACCCCAUCACGGUCUAUGUUCACACCGGUGGACCGAAUCCCUGGAAAGUCACCAUCAUACUGGAGGAGCUUGGUCUGCCGUAUACCAAGAUAGUCGUAGAUAACCCAAAGGAAGAUUGGUUCACGGCCAUCAACCCAAAUGGUCGCCUGCCAGCCAUGAUUGACCCAAACAAGGAACUCACCCUCUGGGAGUCGGGGGCCAUAGUCGAAUACCUGGUCGAGACCUACGACAAGGAGCAAAAACUCUUCGUCGACGACUUUGCCACGAAAUGGCACCUGAGACAAUUUCUUCACUUUCAAAUGUCUGGCCAGGGUCCAUACUAUGGCCAAGCUGUCUGGUUCCAAAAGUGCCCCGAGGAUGUUCCCAUGGCGAAGCGGCGAUAUAUUGAACAAUCAGUUCGCGUCGUCGAGGUGCUUGACAAGAUGCUUGAGGGAAAAGAGUAUCUGGCUGCCAACAGACUGACAUAUGCCGAUCUGUCUUUCGUUCCUUGGAACCAUGUUCUACUGAGUGCACCAUUCUUCCGCGAAGCACUAUGGGAUAAAUAUGACCUGGCCAAGAAAUGUCCAAACUUUAUCGCUUGGCAUGAGAGACUCAUGGCUCGGCCAUCCGUGAAGGCUGUGUAUGGUCUAUAA